AAGCUUCUCGUCUUACCAGUCUCAUUUGUUGCUCGCCCCUAAAAUCUGUGUUCUUGAACAUGUCGAAGGCAAAUGUUUCUGCUAAUUCUCCUCUUGAGAGGACCAGCAUGGCUUCGCUUGAUCAAAAGCUGGCCAUGGCAAAGCGCUGUUCUCAUGAGGGUGUGAUAGCGGGAGCCAAAGCAGCUGUGUAUGCCACUGUUGCCACGGCCAUUCCAACUCUGGCUAGUGUUAGGAUGCUGCCUUGGGCUAGAGCCAAUCUGAAUCACACUGCUCAAGCUCUCAUAAUUUCCACAGCGGCUGGAGCUGCAUAUUUCAUAGUUGCAGACAAGACCGUUUUGAAAACUGCGAGAAAGAACUCCUUCAAGCAACCCACCAACUUCGAAGCAUGAAUUUAAUUCAAGUGGGUGACUUGGGUUUUUGAAUCUGGUUCUUGCUCUUCAUUGGGCUAUUAGAGAAAUCCAAACGUAAAUCCCAUACACUAUGUGUGAAUCUGGUUGCGGCGGGAUCAGUGGUAUGUAUAAUAUAUAUAUAUAUAUAUAUAUAUAUAUGUAACCCCAGCUGUGGGCAUGAUCAGCUUUAAUGAAUGAAUUCUCAAACCAUUUGAUUUUCCUUUCUGCAAA